GCGUCACUAGCCACAUGCGCUAAACGCGUCAACCGAGACGAAGUGACACGAGCUUCUGGUGCAUCACGAACUCAACAUUCGACCAGCUUGUAGACGCCAUGUACAGCGCUGGCCUGCGGUAAAUCAUGCAGCAUUCACCACUUUCCAAUCCGUUAGCCACUGUGGCCCAGCUCGAGACCUCGGGGUCGCAGCUUGACGGUAUUCCACCAGAUCUAGAAGACUCGGUUCGUUAUGCUGGCGCGCGACUUACACAAGCCGCCGGUAUACUACUCAGGCUACCCCAGGAGGUCAUUGCACAAGCCAUGAUCGUUUUCAUGAGGUUUUGGGUCGGCGCGGACGGAGGAAGUCUGGCGGAGUUUGAUGCUGGCCAAGUAUCUGCUUCCUCGCUAUACCUUGUUACGAAACUUUCCGCACACCCUAAAUCAGCGCGCAGUCUCAUCAACGUAUACGCUUACCUCGAUACGUUCCCUCUUCCCCCAAAGUCGAUCGAGUUAGAAGAGAACAAGGCCGAUCUAUGCUAUGUUUCUGAAGGAACAUACGAGCGGAGACGAGCCUCACUCUUCGAGACCGAGCAGCGAAUAUUGAAAACACUCGGCUUUCAAGUGCAAGCGAACCUGCCGUACACCCUCUGCAUCACGUACAUGCAAGCGCUGGACAUCUUUACACACCCGCGCGCCUCAGAGCUUGCCAAACGCGCCAUAACACACCUGAAUACUGCUCUCUUGAGCCCUCAACUUCUUUACCUCACUCAUCAACCACCAAGCCUAGCGACCGCCGCGAUCUAUCUUGCAGCGAGAGAAGCGGGCAUUAAGUUGCCAGAGGUAGAAUGGUGGGAGGCAUUUGAUACAAACAGAGAAGAGCUCGGUUUCCUCUGCGUGGGUUUUUUGAGCACAGAAGGGUUCGUUGCGCAGGAAGAAGGAAGAUGGGCUGGGCGAAGGGUGCCUCUCACAGUUGAAGGGGUACUCGAGGAGAUAAAAACGCGGAAAGAGGAGAGUGGUGCCUAAGAGAUGACAGGUAGUUACCUUCAUCGACCAAUCUUCCUGCGGAUGGGUGUACAUUCUGCUCACGGUACAAUGAUCUAGAAGUUCAUUGUUCGGAGUUGACUCAGCACAAUGCGUGGUGUUGUACAACAAACGCCAUGAAAAAGUCUCCAGUGUUUUCACUGUGCAAUCGUGCCAGGAAUUCUGGCGACUUUGCUGCUUGUCACAACGCCUUUGUUCCUUAGCAACCGCGAUGUCAUAUAUGAGUAACCAAGAGUUGCCGUGUCGUUUUGGGCCUGUAGAAAACUUCAACUCCCAGAAUCACAAUAAUGGCUACAUUGCAACUGGUGCAUGACGACUCA